UUUUCACUCGCACAAUUAGUUAGGUGAGAUUAACUUUCUCAUUCUGAUCCUACUUAUUUAUAAAUAAAACAGAUAGAGUGCCAUAUGAUUUUUGGUACAAAGGAAACGCCUCUCUUCUUUUAUUUUUUUUUCUCGUCCGAGUAGUAUAUAUAUAUAUACACCACCACAUAAGUUAUUAUCAUCUCUCUGUACCAAACACUAACUAAGAAAGAAAACAAAAAAAUGGUGGCUUCCUGGUUUAGCAUAGCUUCACUCUACGGCAGCUUCCUUCACCGCUGCAUUUCCAGCUCCGGUUUAUCAUCCCAAACCGUAACAAUUGUUCACGAAAACGGCAAGAAAACAAGAAUGCACUAUUGGGGCCCGAACCCGGAAUCCGUUUCCCCAUCCAAACCAUCGCUGGUCCUAAUUCACGGGUUCGGACCCGCCGGCGCGUGGCAGUGGCGCCCCCAGAUCACCGACUUUUCCCGCCACUUCAACCUCUACGUCCCGGACCUGGUGUUCUUCGGCGACCACUCCUCGACGGAGUCGGAGGAGAGGUCGGAGAUUUUUCAGGCGGUCUGCGUCGGGAAACUGAUGGAGGAGAUCGGGGUGGAGAGGUAUUCGGUGGUGGGGACGAGCUACGGCGGGUUCGUUGCGUACCGGCUGGCCGGGAUGUGGCCGGAAAGGGUGGAGAAGGUGGUGAUCGCCAGCUCCGGUGUUAAUCUGACUAAAAAAGAUAACGAGCGGUUGAUGAAGAGGGCUAACGUUGGAAGAAUCGAAGAACUGAUGUUGCCGGGAAAUCCGGGACAGUUACGGACGCUUUUGAGUUUGUCAGUCCAUUACUGGCGUCCGUACUACGUGCCGGAUUUCGUCUUGAAUGAUUUCUUGCAGAAAUUGUAUGGAAAAAAUAGGAAGGAGAAACUGGAACUGUUGAAGGGAUUGACUCUUGGACGUGAUGAUUCUCCCCAGAUUACCCCUCUCAAGCAGGAAGUUCUAAUUGUGUGGGGCCAGAAUGACCAAAUUUUCCCACUGGAAAAAGCAAAACAACUCAAGGAGUGUUUGGGAGAGAAGGCCAAAUUAGAAGUUCUGAAAAAUGCAUCGCAUUUGCCUCAGCUUGAACAAUCCGGGAAGUUCAACAAAGUUGUCAAAGCCUUCUUGUUUGCUUCAUGAUCUUCCUUCAUUCUGUUGAGAUUUACGUUUGUUUAGGGUUUAAGGUUUAGACUUCGAGGUCUAAUCCCUUUUGCAUCCGGGAGUGCUUUGCUAAUGCAUUGUAAAUAUGUACCAACGCAUUUGUAAUUGAGCCUAUUUUCGUUAUUGUCUAGGAUUUGCAAGUGUAUUUGCAAACUUUUAAUAAAAUGGUGUUUCUAGUUCAAAAUAAUUUUCUUAUCCCUUUUAUCCUAUUAAAGCAGAAGACAUGAAGCUUAUGUGGCAAUUACGUACGCAUCUAUUUUGGCUCUAAUGCACCAUAUUUUAAAUUUCAGGAGUCUUUUUGCCACGU